UUCCUUCUGAGUCCGUGGCAGGUCAGCACAGUGACUGGGCGGUGAUGGACGUGCUUCUCGACAUCUCAAACAUCAAGUUGGGCAGAACUAAUAGGAUAUGAUCUCGUGUGUCUCUUAUUUGUCUAGGGUUGUGCAGUCUCACUUUCAAAGGCUCUUCCCGGGAGGUUUAAGCAAGUAGUAUUGCUAAGAUCCCAUAGAGCAGCUCUGAUUAGUGACCUUUUGCACAGCAGCUGGGAAAGACACAGUACCAGUGGAGGUAGCUCCGAUGGACUAGUCCAAGAUUGCUUCUUACUGGUGCAUUGAAAUCUCCUGAUGGUCAGCGCAGGGGCGCACUCACAGGGAACCAGCAAUUACGCGCAGAGUAAUUCGGCAAGAAACAAAUAUUGACUAGGUUUCCAGUCGUGCGAGGAAGCAUAUAGAAGCCCCUCACUCAACACCAUCCUCAUGUGUAGAAACCAACCACAAGCCCAGUCGGGAGAGAAGGUGCGUGGGGAGGAGAGAGACAAGAUGCCCUCCGCGUCUCCAGGCCUCCACGGCCGCCCCAGGUACCACCAGCUGCCCAGGAUCAGAAUUGUUGUGCUUGGGGCGCAGGGCGUCGGCAAGUCCGCCCUGACGGUGAGGUACCUGACGCGACGGUACAUCAGUGAGUACCGGCGAGCCAUUGACCUCCUGUACCGUCACACUGUCUGCCUGGACGACGUCACCUCCGAGGUGGAGAUCCUGGACGUCUCUCUCCGUCAGGACGAGAGCGAGGGCGUGUCGUCGACACACACCCGCUGGGGCGAAGGCUUCGUGGUGGUGUACUCCGUGGACGACGCCGCCUCCUUCAGGCACGCCGGCGCUAUCCUCGACUCCCUCCAGCGCCUCAAGGCCCCCAUCUACGUGCCUGUUAUACUGCUGGCCAACAAGAGGGACCUCGACCCUGGUAGACAGGUGUCAGUAGAAGAAGGCCAGGCCCUCUCCUUACAACACGGGUGCCAGUUCUACGAGGUGAGUGCCGCAGAGAGCCACGUUGGUGUCACCCUGGCCUUUCAGGCACUCCUGCGGGAAACAAGGUCCCUACAGCUUACCCGUCCUCUGCCCAGACAGCGACGGAUUUCCAUCGUCGCAGUUUCCAGGAUGAUUGGCUCGCUGAUUGGGCGAGGACCCGACGCUGCGUCGGCGACGCUGAUGAAGCCCACUCUGAUAGUGCAGGAGGCGGCGGGUAAGAGAACGCUCAGGAGAAAGGACAAGAAGCGUCCCUCACUCAGCCUCUAGCAUGGCUCCUCCUCCACCUCACACACUCGAAAUGUCCCUCACUCAGCCUUCAACAUCGGACCUCCACCUCAAAUUCACAAGGUUCACAAACUUUAGGAAGGGAGAGUUGACUGUACCACAGAUGUUUGCCUUGUGAUGCUCAUGAAACACUGUACCACAGAUGUUUGCCUUGUGAUGCUCAUGAAACACUGUACCACAGAUGUUUGCCUUGUGAUGCUCAUGAAACACUGUACCACAGAUGUUUGCCUUGUGAUGCUCAUGAAACACUGUACCACAGAUGUUUGCCUUGUGAUGCUCAUGAAACACUGUACCACAGAUGUUUGCCUUGUGAUGCUCAUGAAACACUGUACCACAGAUGUUUGCCUUGUGAUGCUCAUGAAACACUGUACCACAGAUGUUUACCUUGUGAUGCUCAUGAAAUACUCAAGAAUAAUAAAUGGAGACCUGCUGUAGUGUAAAAGUGCAAUAUGUUUCCUUAGUGAUAGAAUGAGCGAGCAGUCGAUGUUAGGCAGCUGAAUUAUUUAUUAAAAAAUACUAAUGUGUGUCUGUGUGUAUUGUAGUAUCCUAGACAACUUGGGUAUUCCGGAUAUGCAAAUUUAUAUACAUUCUUGGUAGAAACAGUCUCCGUGGUGGGGACCUUUGAUCUUGAACUCUCCGUGAUCCGUUUUUUAUCUGUAAACCAUCGCAAUCUCUUAGCACUUUGGAGAGUAACACAGUGUGUAUGUAUAGAGGAUGUCUUUGUACUUGAAGACCAACUGAGUGAGGAAGGAGGCAGACAACAGGCUGUCAACAAAGUGAAAUUUGUGUAGGACUUGACAUUGUUGUUUUUAUUAGAGUGAAAUAAGAUUGUGGGGAGUGGACGUCCCCACUGUGCUCUGAUCUCAGGCUCUGUGCCUCUCUUGGGCUCUGUGCUCCUCUGGAACUCGUGCCAAUCCCAGGCUCUGUGGCACUAUGACCUGGUGCCCAUCUCAGGCCCCGUGCCACUAUGACCUGGUACGCAUCCGUGUUGUCAGUCUAAUGGACGAAACUAAACACAUAAAUUAUACUCCUAGUAUGAAUGUUUAUUCUGAAAUAUGAAAGUGGUGAUUUUCCUCCUCCCAACACGAGAGAGCAAAUAAUGGUAUUGCAGUGUCGUCCAUUAGACUAAUAAUGUCUGUGAUAUUUUUUUCCGUAGGCGUUAGUAUGUUUUCCUUUAAUAUAUGUGGCGUGGAAUGUGCGACAGUGCCACAGUGAAGCCGCCGCCUGUGGCAGGCCGCCAUGUUCGCGCUCAACUCACCACACACGCGCGGGCGCCCUAAACCAUUUCCACUCCUGUUAACAUUAGUUACUAUGCGCAUGUUAAGAUUAUAUUUUUGUAAUAAACUUUACAUAUAA